UGUUCCCUUUCUAUUUUCUGUGGUAUCUCACUUCAUCAAGUUCAUGCCAUCCUAUUGAUUGUCUGCUAGAGUUACUGUACUUGAGAGCAGCAUUGUGGAGAACCUUUCCUCUCCUAGUCGGAGUUAUUGACAUUACUUCCAGACACAGGACACGUUCAGUUCGUGAAUUCUGGAAUCGGGGAUUAAACAUUCUACACUGCAAUUGAUUUUAUACACAUAGAAUGUAGUAGUGCUGAAUGAGAUAGUCACCAAUUGACGAGGCAGCGGGAUGCUCUUUUAUUGGAGAACUGAAACAGGGAGAGAACUCAAACGUAUAGCCUAAGCCCGAGGUCCAACUCGCUCUGUAGACAGCUUAGUUCGUGCCAGGGAGUAUUUUACUACUCCCUGGUUCAUGCAACAUGAUGAUGCUAAAAUCCCUUGAUAGAUAUUCUGGCUGGCUGCUGGUUCUUCUAAUCGGAUCAAUCGCAGGUGCCCCAUCAUGGAGUUACAUCAGCAAGCCAGAGGCUGAACCCGCGUCCAGUGCAACUAUUACUUCAGAAAAGCUCCCUUCGCUCGUUGACGCUUGUUGCGUCAUUGCAACAACACCGCAUUCACCAACAGAAUACAAGCAUUUGCGCAUGCAGGCUGCUGCUGCUUUUGAAAAGGAUCACGCAGUGUGCGCAGUCCAUCUAUCUGAAUAUCCGGAGAGCUCUGAGGCGAGCAACCUGCUGUAUUUCACUCACAGGGAGAAAGAUUUAUCUUGCUUACACCCACCACCGAAAGUGACACCAAAGGCCGAGCCGGUCACUGGUGUUUUCUCUGCUGAGCAGCUGGUGGACUUCAUCAAUUCGCACUGUGGCACAUAUCGCACAAUCGACGGUACGUUGAAUGCAGCUGGGCGAAAGCGAGAGGCGCUGCUAGGAAAUCUGUAUGACGUUCCUGAGCGGGAUGAAACCAAGCAAGAGGAAGAACAAUGCGAGCAGAUUGAGGUGCCAACUACAGAGCGAUUCUACCAGGACUUCCUGUCUAGAUCAAAACCAGUCAUUAUCAAGAAAGCAGUGCAGAACUGGACUGCGGUCAGCAAGUGGUCGAAUGAUUUCUUCUACGCUCGAUUCGGUGGCCGGCGGGUGCACGUGAAACUGUCCCCUGAUGGCGAGUUUGAGGGCUGCGAAUCCGACUCUAAAUGGGAAGGCAGGGCCAAGCGACGAAUGCCGGCGCACAUCCGUAGCCAGAUGGACUUUCCUGACUUGGUGGUGGUGCGACCCGCGACUGCCGAUGUGCCGUUUUCUGCUUUCAUGGAUCACAUCACGUUACGAGAGAGGCCGAACAAGAGUCUGAGUCGCAUUGCCAGGGAAGGCAAUGUCUCGGCUUAUCUGGAAUACACUAGCAUACCGAACUAUAUGCCGGAGCUGGAAGACGACAUUCUGCCCAUGCCGUUUCUGCCGACAAGCAUGCGUCGCGAGCACCUGAACCUGUGGCUGAGCGACGGUAACACCCUUGGCAAGCUACACUUUGAUCCGUUUGAUAACAUUCUGGCUCAGAUUGACGGCAUCAAGGAAGUGACAUUGUUCUCCCCGCACCACAAUGAGAGGAUGUAUGAGGGCUAUAUUCCGGAAGCCAAACUUGGCUACUCUGCUGAGCAUGGAGUGUUUCAACGCAGUCACUUGCUGGAGAGUACUGCUCUUGUGAUGUCUCCUGUGGACAUCAAGAAGCCCGAUCUGCAACGCUUCCCCUUGUUUCAGAAGGCGCGCUCACUGAAGUGCCGCCUGACGCCUGGAGAUGUCCUGUUCAUGCCUGCGUUCUGGUGGCACGAAGUACAAUCACGUCCCAGCCCGACGGCCAAGCGCAAUUUGGCUGUAAACUUCUGGUACACUCCUUUCCUGACGAAGAAAUUCCCCUGUGCAUCCUGCAAGCUCGAUGUCAACCCGGCCAUGAGGCAUUUGCUGGAUGAAUUCUGAUAUAGCCCUGGUUAUUUUCUUUCACCGACCUCUGCGUGUACCGCUUUUCGGAAGCAGUGCAACUCGUUGCAUUCUUCACAAGCUACUCAGAACGAUAGCACGAAGAGCCCGUCUUGUCCAGUAAUUUAUCACGUACAUGUACACCAGGGUCCUAGUUUCCGAUGGUUUAUGGUGCAGGUUUCUUAGUUGCAAAGUCUUGACAUUGUUCUUGAGACGCUGGGAUCAGUUGGCUAUAUGCCUAUAUUCACCACUUCAUUCACAGCCGUCUAUUCAACAAUGAUGCUACUCACCGCCUGACAUAGUUCUAUUCUAUUUGAAGUACUGAAGCAUGUUUUAUGCCCGCUGAUACUUAUUAGCUGCGUUGCGUUCAUACGUUCAGCUGGUUGUCUUCAUUCUCACCUUGUCUGCAAACAACUGCAAACGUUUAUAUCACCAGUGAGUCACCAUGGAAGUUGAUGAUUCCCAGCCUACGGGUACAAUGACGGUCAGACCAUGUAGAUCCCGCGACCGGGGCGGGCCUUGCCAUCCCAGAGUAGAUCUGCUCUUGCUACACUAAACACUAUGCUGGUAUCAGGCAGGGCAUAGCUUCGAUACAUGAAUAGUCCACAAAGGGGAAUUAUGACUUGUCUU